CGGAGCCUCGGCAGCCGCCGCCGCCGCGCCCGGCGGUGUCAGUGCCACGGUGUCCGCCGGGGAGCGAAAGGCAGCGCCGGCGCCCGCCCGCCCGAUCCCCGCGGCCAGGCCCCCGCAUGCAGCCCUCACCCUGGAGCGGCGGCGGCGGCGCAUCGAGGAGCUCUCGCGGUCCUCCCGGCAGCGGCUGCUGCAGUCGCGGGACAGGAUGUUCUCCAAGUUCACCUCCAUCCUGCAGCACGCCGUGGAGGCGCUUGCACCUUCCCUUCCAUUACAAGAAGAUUUUGUUUACCACUGGAAAGCCAUCACCCAUUACUACAUAGAGACCUCAGAUGACAAAGCUCCUGUGACUGAUACCAACAUUCCUUCUCACCUGGAACAGAUGUUGGAUAUUCUAGUUCAAGAAGAAAAUGAGAGGGAAUCAGGCGAAACAGGACCAUGUAUGGAAUAUUUGCUACAUCACAAGAUUUUGGAGACUCUCUACACACUAGGAAAAGCUGACUGUCCUCCAGGAAUGAAACAGCAAGUUCUGGCUUUUUACACAAAGCUUCUUGGAAGAAUACGGCAACCUCUUCUCCCCCACAUAAAUGUGCACAGACCAGUGCAGAAAUUAAUCCGGUUGUGUGGUGAAGUUCUGGCAACACCAACAGAAAAUGAAGAAAUUCAGUUUCUCUGUAUAGUAUGUGCAAAGCUGAAACAAGAUCCAUACCUGGUCAACUUCUUCCUUGAGAAUAAGUUAAAAGCAAUGGCUUCGAAAGAAUCAGCAAGUGUAAUCACAGAAGACAUGAUAAAAGACCAAGACUCUGUGACAACAGACACAGGACAAGCUGAAGAAAUGCCCAGUGCAGCCGGAGUGGAGCACAUGGAGAGGGAAGAUGAGCUCCCACAACCGACGGAUGAUCUCUCCUUCAGUCUGGAUGAACUAAAUGUCACGUCAUCACCCGAGUCCUCCACUGUUUGUCCAAAUCAAGACUAUAAUUUAGUGAAUUCUCUACUAAACCUCACUAAAAGUCCCGACGGCCGGAUAGCAGUGAAGGCCUGUGAAGGCCUCAUGCUUUUGGUGAGUUUGCCAGAACCAGCAGCUGCCAAGUGCCUGACCCAAAGCACUUGUUUAUGUGAAUUGUUGACAGACAGGCUGGCCACCCUCUACAAAGCCUUGCCUCAGUCACUGGAUCCCUUAGACAUUGAAACAGUGGAGGCAAUUAACUGGGGUUUGGAUUCCUAUAGCCACAAAGAAGAUGCAUCUGCUUUUCCAGGGAAAAGAGCGUUGAUUUCGUUUCUUUCUUGGUUUGACUACUGUGAUCAGCUCAUCAAAGAAGCACAAAAGAUGACUGCUGUUGCUAUGGCAAAAGCUGUGCGGGAACGAUUUUUCAUUGAUGUUAUGGAACCUCAGCUGAUGCAAACUUCAGAGAUCGGAAUCCUCACAUCAACUGCACUAUUGCACCGCAUUGUUCGUCAGGUCACUUCAGAUGUCCUGCUGCAGGAACUUGUGUAUUUUAUACUUGGAGAACACAGAGACCCGGAAACCUUGGCAGACAUCAACAGGCAUCCAUUGAGACACAGGUUAAUCGAGCACUGUGAUCAUAUUUCUGACGAGAUCAGCAUAAUGACUUUACGAAUGUUUGAGCACCUAUUGCAAAAACCCAAUGAGCACAUUCUUUAUAAUUUGGUUCUGAGAAAUUUGGAAGAAAGAAACUAUAUGGAAUACAAGCCCCUCUGUCAAGAAGAUAAAGAUGUGGUAGAGAAUGGACAGAUUGCUGGAGCAGUAGACCUGGAGGAAGAUCCAUUAUUUACUGAUCUGUCUCCAGAUAACACAUUGUCAGCACAGGAGUGGCUCAGUGCUUCUCCACCUGUCAGUCCAGAACAUCCAAAAAAUGAUGGGAAGACUGAAGUUCAUAAAAUUGUAAAUAGUUUUCUCUGUCUUGUACCUGAUGAAGCAAAGUCGUCAUACCAUGUGGAGGGUACAGGUUAUGAUACUUACCUCAGAGAUGCCCACAGACAAUUCCGGGAUUAUUGUGUCAUUUGCUUACGGUGGGAGUGGCCUGGAUCUCCCAGAUCUUUGGAAAAGUGCAAUUUAGAAGCGUCAUUCUUUGAAGGACACUUCUUGAAAGUCCUGUUUGAAAGAAUGGGAAGGAUUCUUGAUCAGCCCUAUGAUGUAAAUUUACAAGUUACGUCAGUGUUGUCCAAACUGUCCCUGUUUCCCCAUCCUCAUAUACAUGAAUACCUUUUGGAUCCCUAUGUAAACCUUGCCUCUGGCUGCAAGUCUCUCUUCUCUGUGAUUGUCAGGGUCGUCGGGGACCUCAUGGUAAGAAUCCAGCGCAUCCCAGAUUUCACUCCCAAACUUCUGCUGGUCAGAAAACGCCUACUGGGCUUGGAGCCCGAAGGGCCCAUCAUUGACCACAUGACGUUACUAGAGGGCGUGAUUGUGCUGGAAGAGUUCUGCAAAGAGCUGGCAGCGAUCGCCUUUGUGAAGUACCACACCUCGGCCACGCCGUGAGCAGCCCUGGGGGGUCAGGCUGGGAAGCCACCAGGCUCCCUUCAGCCACAGGUCCAUUGACAACACCCAAAGAGAAGAGGUGGUGCCUCCUGGAAAAAUGUAAGGGGACGUUUGGCAGAACUGGAAAACAACUUCCUUUCACCAGAUGUUCAGAUUGCGAGAGAGGAGGAUUCAAGUGGACCUCGAGUGAAGGCAUUUUGGGAGAAACCAAAACAUAGCAUUUCUAGCCACUGUGUGAAGAGCUGCAAAAGCUGCAUGAAGAACCACAGACAUCAGACCUUGGUUAUUCUAAUGACAGUGUUUAGAGAGUUUGGUCUUAUGUUCUGGGGCUCACAUGUACUUUGUGACCAUAUUAGUUUUAAAAAGCAAAUUAAUUUUAUAACAUUUUUAUGUCUUAAUUCUUCUUCUUUUCUGUUGGAGAUAUGAAAGGAAAUCAUAGUUGCAAUGUAUGUUAUUAAAAACGAUGAGGUUCAAAAAAUCCACCAAUCCAUAUACAGUAGGAUAUGUUAAUGAGGGGUCAUUUUUGUUUUGGUGGAUCUUAAAGACAACUCUGAGCUUGAUUCCUCAAUGGAUUACUUCAAGAGAUAUGUCAGUAUAAAAUCAAUACUGAUGAAAUUAAUCCUGAUUCGGCAUCACAUCCAUAACAAAUAUAUCUGAAGUGUACAUGUUUGUAGCAUGCUUGUCUCUCUCAUUCCAAGCUAUUGAUCUCAGGUCAUCUGCAUAACUAGAUUUGCUUUAGUUUUUUUCAUGAGAAUUGUAGACGUUUGACCCAUGUCACCUUUACAGAGAGGUUAAUUCUAGGUCAUUAGUAGUUGUUGCUGAAACAGUAUUUUUAAUUUCUUUUAAAUUGGUAUAUAGCCCGAAUUGCUUUAAGAAUCUUCUGUGCCUUGAAAAUUGGCAGCAUUCUGUUAUUUUUUGAGAUGUUUCUGUUGCUUACCUAACCAUCACAGUGAUGCCAACUCAGUUAAAACAUUGAUAACUUAUACAGGACCAAAAUUUGCACCUGCUUUUCAUAAUGCUGGGAUGCAGGAAUGCCUUUCAGUGAAUCCUUUUCAGUAUGAAUGCCAUCAGCCAGGGCAGGUGUUGGCACUGCAAGUGGAGGCCACGUCAGUGUGCUUUGCUUCUGUUGGUGGUAGCCUGUACUUGGCAGAGUUCUUACUGAGCACUGGCAGGUGUGGGGGGCUGUGCUUGAACCUUCCAGUCACACUGGAUGUCUGGGGUGAGAGACCUGUCCUGACCUCACACACGUGUGCAGGACCCCUCCUAUGAACGUACCAUGGGCAGGCAAUGUAGAGCUUCACUCCUGUUUACAUUGUGUUUCUUCAUUUGUCUUUCCUCCUGCCCUGUUUGCACAGUUAAAGCCCAUUUCAGAUCUCACUGCUCACAUACAAUGAUGGACUAAUUUACUCAGUCACUAGAUUUUUUCUGGAUUUACAUGACUGUAGCAGAGAAUCAGAUUUUGCUCUGAAUCCAUGCCUUCGAGGUCUUGUUUUUUAAUAUUUAUGGAGCCUGGAUGUUGAGAGGCCUUUUAAGUUAGCAGGUUAAUUAGAGCAGUGUCACAGUUAAUGGGCUAAAUUUAUUGUUGUCAGCAGUGAAGAGGGUCCUGCUGUAAAAGCUUCCAGUACAGGUUCAGCUGGAGAAAGUAGCUAUGGAACUGGGGAAACAUUUUGGCAAGUAAAACCUGUAUGCAAUGGCUUCCUGUACUGGGACACUUUUAAAAAGUGUGGCAUUUCUCUGGCAAACAAAAGCGUGUUUUACUUCCUCAUCUGUUUGUGUGAGGAUUCUUUUUCUUAUGAAUUUAGCCCAAAAUUGUUUUCAUGUCCAAGUAGCACGGUAGGAUAUAGUUAAUAAAAUGACACUUUUUUCAUUUUUGUUCUUUAGAAACAUACCUUGAAAGCAGCAAAUCAUUUUUAGUGAUCUGUAUUGCAGUUGGUCUGCAUUAGAAGCUUCAUUGAUACCUGACACAUAGUUUAGAACACGUUGAUGUCUUUGCAGAGAGAUGUUUAAUACAUAUAUUUGUUAUAAAUAAGGUCCCAAUUCAGCAAAACAGUUAAACAUAAGCUUAAUUUCAAGAAUUUUUGUCCUUAAAUUGCAAUUUUUUACAUAAACAAAGUUAAGCUAUUGAGCACAAAUAGUGAUGCUUUACUGAAUUUGGGUCUUUUUUGAUUUUGCUUGAGCUUAAUUACUUUUUCCUCAAAUUUUCUAUUUUCAUUAUUUUUUUUUUUAAGUGUAUGCUCCAGAGUACUUCUGAUGUCCCAGUUUCAGUGGAAACUGGAAGCAGUAAUGCUACUAUAAAUGAAAAUGAGAGAAAUGUUAAAACUUCCAAGAGCAUUCCAAGUAAUAUAAGAAUUUAUAAUGCCAUUCAAGAGAUGCCUGAUCUCAAAUGAAAGCAUUAACAUCAACCUCUUUUAUUGUCAUUGCUGUUUUCACUGAUACCUGAGCUCAUUACACUGUAAUGCCUCUGUGGCAUUUUAAUGCAAAACAGUUUGCCAAGCUGCAAACACAGUUCCUUAAGCUUGUCCAUGAGAAAAAUAAGUAGAUAUAACUAUAAUCAGUCUGAAAUUCAGGCUGUAAUUGUACAGUCUCCAGUGACAUUGGUGAUGUUCUUGCAAAUCAAAUGUUAUUUAGUUCAUCAAUUUAUAAGACAUGGAUCCAUCCUGAUAGAAGUCAAGCAAUCCUUAAAGUUGCUUUAGCCUAAACUGUUCUUGUGAGUGCUGCCUCCAAACCCUUAAUUACUAUACCUGAUGACAAUGACCUUUAUUUUUGUAAAAGUGAUUUAAUCUUCCAUAAGAGAUGGAACUCGUUUAAUUAUUUUUGUGGUGAUAUUUUUCAUGCACUUUUUUUUUUUUUAACAAAAGGUUAGAAGUUAGUUGAGGUCCAUGUUUUCACCUUUUCGAUCUAUGCAUGUCAUUGAGGUGCCCAUUUUGUUUGUGUGUGUGUGUGUCUGUAUGUGGUUAUUUAUUACCCAGAGAGGGCCACCUGAGAAAAUAUAAGGCCUGAAAAGUUCAUGGCAUAUGCAGAUCCUUCAGAUGUCAGUGGGAAAUGUGAGUGCUUACCCCUUAGAAAAUAGGGCCACUAGUAUUAGAUUGGAAUACUUGAGAGGUAAUACUAGAAUAAUUUUUUAUUUCAAAAGGCAGACCCCACCCACAUUUUAAUCCUGAUGCACAUGUGUGUAAAUAGAAGCAUUUUUUACAUUUUUUCUCAUUUAUAGUAUGUAUUUGAUUUAGAGUCUGAUUUAGAAAAUUUUGUAAUAAGCCAUGUGGUAGCUCUGGUAGAACAAGUUUGUCCUUAGUUUCUCAUAUGACUGUAAUAUUCCUGGUAUUCAGAUUCUGUCUGUGUAAUGUUCUUACUAUAUAUUGUCUGUGCAAUAUAAAAGCUGUGACUUGAUACACAGCUUGAGUCUGGCUGUAUAUCACCUAUGUAUAUAUAUAUAUACACAUAUAUAUAUAAAAGGACCAGAAUCCCGAGCUUGCUUACACUAUGAUUAGUGUAAAGAUUGCCACACUUGAUUUUACAGGGCACAAGUAAUCAUGGAAUGGCUUUGUAAUGCAUGGUAAUUUCUACCAUAACCUGCUGCGUAAUCUCACAGAUGACAUUCUCUUAGCGCUCUUUGUCUUGCUAAAAGAAAUACUAACCCAAAGUGCUUGGUAAAAUCAAAGGGUCCUGUAGUAGACCUGGGGCUACAUGGAAAAUCCAUACCUGAUAUUGCAUAUCAUACAGGGUUUUCAAAACAUGUUCUUCAUGCUUACUGUGCCCUGUAAAAUAAUGUAACUAUAUAAAAUAUAUACUCCUUGUUUUGCCUCCUGCCUUGUUUACAUUAAACAGAGGAUAUUCAGUAAAAAUUUUCUAUUAAACUUUGUGUAGGUCACUUACUAACAGUGUUGCCAAGGUUUCACAGGUGUGGGAUUUCCAGUGAGGAAUUGUUGAAACAGCCACAUUACCAGACAUACAAUAUUAAGUUUUAUGAAGGAGGUUGUGGUAAAUUCAACUUUUUGUGCUAAAAAAUGCAUGGAGGAUUAAAAGGGAUAUUCUCAAAAUAAAUUAAUUUCAACGAA